CGUGAUCCCCUCCCCCAAGCCCCCCACCCCGCGGCGUUCGCGGCGGGAGGCGGGGCUGCGCGCGCACGCGCUCGCGUCUCCAGGCAACGGGCAUAACAGGGGCCAGCUGCGGGCGCCUGCGCGGCCGGAGGUGAGUGGCGGGGUUUGGUGCCCUGAGCUGGAGUUGUCUCUGACAGCCAGGCUUCAGUCCAGACCCUGAAUGGCUGAUCUCCACUUGGCACCACCUCUGCCUGUGGGUGUGAUGCUCCCGCAUAAUAAAACAAAAGCUCCCGGGCUCCACGCAAGUAAGCAAGAGCCCUAUGAAAAAGGUGACUCUCCCCAGCUGUCCUCAAUGGGGCACCUGAGGCAUCAUUCCCAGGAGAAGCUUUUGAGCAACAAAGAGCUGAUGCUGAAUCAUCCCUACCCUCACUCCAAACGGAACACCUGUGAGAGAGCUGGGAGCUGCUUCUGUCCCCACCGUGCUGGACUCAGCCAGCAAGAGCCAAAAAGCCACCUCCAGAGCCAAGCCAAGGAUUUGUUUUACUCAUCAGGCCCUCAGUCCCAGUACCCCAAAGCAAAUAACCAUGAAUUCAUCCCCUUUACAAAGAAGCGAGUUGGAGUGGACCGGGCAUACCCACUGAAACCUGUGUUCCACAGGAAGUCUCAUAGUACAGGUGAGACUGGCAUGGAUGGGGACCAAGACGUCUCUCCAAGACCCCCUGAGCCAAGGGAGUUGUCAUACAGCAGCUUUGGUUUGAGGAACUGGGCCGGCUCAUCUGUGGUUGGUACUGCUGCUGCCAGGCAGGGGGAGAGGACCCUGGCAAACCCCACCCGGAUCGAGUGGCUGCAGAUCCAAAGACUAGAAGCUGCAGGGGAGAAUUUAGAGGAGGAAAUUCGAAGAAAAGAGACCCUCCUACGGGAAAAGCUGAAGAAGACAGAAGAAGAACUCAGAAGGAUCCAGAAGGAAAAAGAACAGGCUGAGGAAAAUGAAAAAAGAGAGUUACAGAGACUGACACUCCCCAGCAGGAGACUUACAGGUAAUAGCAACUCCACUUACAGACCCGUCUUCUCCCCAGACUCUGGCUCUAAGGAGGUCUUCAGUGGAGAGGAGGAAACUGGGGGAGGGUCUCAAGAAAAUUGUAGCCCAUUCCAGUUCUCUGGUUAUGGGAUGCAGAAGCUCAAAAGGGAAAGACUAGUGGCAAACAACAACAAAAUCCGAGACCAUGCCUCGGGGCAGGUGAAGGAGAAGUGUCCUCAGCCCACAGAAGGGCCAGGCAGCACUUGGCCAAGGUCCACCAGCAAUUCUAACUGGCCUAGGGCACCACAUUCCUCAGGUUCCAGCUGUUCCACCGAAGAGCCAGAACUGGGCAAAUGCAGCCACUGUGGACGCAACUUUCUCUUGCUCAGGCUGGAGAGACACUCCACCGUCUGCAGCAGGACGCAGGGCUCCAAGAGGAAAGUGUUUGACUCCUCCCGGGCCCGGGCCAAGGGCACAGAACUAGAGCAGUACUUGAACUGGAAGGGACCAGCCUCAGUCAAGGCUGAAGCUCCACGGAAGAGCAACUGGAGACAGAAGCAUGAAUCCUUCAUCCGUACCCUCCGCCAGGCUCGAGAGGUGCAGCGGGUAAUUGCCAAAGGUGGAAACCCCUCAGACUUGCCUCCCAUCCCGCCUGCAGAAAAUCCAGACUAUAUUCAGUGUCCUCACUGUAGCCGUCACUUUGCUCCCAAGGUGGCUGAUCGGCACAUUCCCAAGUGCAAGACCAUCAAGAACCGUCCUUUGCCUCCAAGGAAGCAUUCCAGUUGAGCAGACAACAGCGGAAAUCUCCUCAGUCAUUCCAGAAAGCUCGGCUUCUCUUGAGCAGUAGGUAGGAGUAGAAUGAUUUGAUGCAAAGCAGGAAGAACUAGAUUUUAUACAUCUCCCAGAUCAGCCUGCAGAGCUGAAAUCAGGGAGGAGAAACCCAUCGCUAGCAGCAGGAGGCAGAAGGAAGUCUCAGCCUCCCACCUCAGGCUGGUGUGCCUCAUGUUACUGCCCUAAGAACUGAUGGGUGAAGACAGUUAAGAGUGGCGAGCAGGCUACAUUAAAGCUGUCUUCUCACGA